CUCGUUUCCACAUACGUAUGUUUUUCGUAUCCGUACUUCCGUAAAUUUACGGAAGGGGUCGCUAGUGCUUUACGUACGGACAUGAAUUUAUUUACGGACAGCCAAAAAGAUGGGGGAACGCAUGAUAAUGGCCGUUUUUCGGAGACCGGUACUGUGGAAUAUGAGGAUCGACAUCUACCGCGAUAAGAACAAAACCAACCAGGCUUGGAAGGAGAUCGGUGAGGAGUUUGGCCUGCCAGAAAAAGACUGUAAAAAAAGGUGGCGCGACCUGAGGGAUCGAUAUGUGAGGGAAAGGAGGGAGGCAUCAGAAACCACAGCCAGUGGCAGCGCUGCCAGCAACAGGAGGCCCUGGUGCCAUGCUGGACUGAUGGCCUUUAUAGACCCCUUCGUGGCAUCCAGGAUGACGACCAGCAACAUGCCAGAGAGUUGUGGGAAUGGUGUGGAUGAGAGUGUGAAUGAGAGUGAGAUUGAGAGUGUGCAUGAGAGUGAACGGGAGGCCUUCUUGGCAGCUACCAACUCCAGCAUGGAAGAUUUUGUGAAUGUGAAUGUGACUGAGAAUGUGAUGAAUGAGACUGUGGCGAAUGAGAGUGUGGAGAAUGAGAGUGUGGUGAAUGAGAGAGUGAAUGUGCAAGUGAAUGCAGGUCGGGCGGCAGGUUCUGCUGUUGCUCCGGGCAGGAAGAGGAGGGCUGGAAGGGCAGAGGCACCCAUGCCAGCCUUUGAGCGUAACCUGAUGCUCGCCCUGGAGAGAACAGCUGGCCCCAGUGUCCCUACUAGUCCGGUCGUGGAUGAGGACCACCAUUUCUUGCUCAGCCUCCUGCCAUCACUGCGGCGGCUGGAGCUUAGCAAGAAGGCAUUCUUGAAGCUACAGAUACAUCGCCUGAUGUAUGAGGCAGAGUUUCAAUGUAAGUGGGCAAUGGUUACAAUAUACCUGUUAAUUGUUAUUGCAAAUAUUUCCCUGACUUGAUCGACCUGUCGCUAUAACCUGGCUGUUCUGUCUUUUUGUCAUUUGGCUUUUUCAGAACAAACUCCUGUGACCUGGUGACUCCUGUUCUUUUAAUUUAAAAUGUUACAGUUCUAUUUUUUUAAAUUAAAUAAAAUCACUUGAUUGUUUAUAAAAAAGAUUGUUUAUGAUUUGGUUCUUUUCACUUUAAAGCAAAUAAGAUAAUGUUACAAGUACUCAUAGAGCAAAUUAUCUGACAAGAUUAUAUGACAAACCACAAAUAAUUUACUUUAUCAGCCUGAA